AAUGCCAUAUAAUAAGAAGACUGCUGGAAAAAGAGCCCCUGCAAAAAGGAAGCUUGCAGAAGUGUUUGCUCUGGGGGAGGUUCUAGCAGAUACAGCAAGAAAAGAAUGGAAAUUAGGUGUCCCUAUAGGGCAAGGAGGCUUUGGGCGCCUGUACCUUGCUGAUGUUAAUUCUUCGAAGUCAGUUGGCAGUGAUGCACCUUAUGUUGCAAAAGUGGAACCCAGCCAGAAUGGACCUCUUUUUACUGAGUUAAAGUUCUACAUGCGAGCUGCUAAGCCAGAUGAAAUUCAGAAGUGGACUAAGUCCCAUAAAUUGAAAUAUUUAGGUGUACCAAGAUACUGGGGUUCUGGUUUGCAUGAAAAAAAUGGAAACAGUUAUCGAUUUAUGAUAAUGGACCGAUUUGGCAGAGAUCUUCAGAAGAUGUAUGAAGAGAAUGCAAAGCGAUUUUCUCAUAAAACUGUACUACAAUUAGGCCUGAGAAUACUUGAUAUUCUGGAAUACGUCCACGAGCAUGAAUACGUGCAUGGUGACAUCAAGGCCGCAAACCUCCUUCUGAGUUACAAGAACCCUAAUCAGGUCUACUUGGUGGAUUAUGGACUUGCCUACCGAUACUGUCCUGAAGGAGUUCACAAAGCAUAUAAAGAAGAUCCUAAAAGAUGUCAUGAUGGAACUAUUGAAUAUACCAGUAUUGAUGCACACAAGGGUGUGGCACCAUCGAGACGUGGUGAUCUGGAGAUCUUGGGUUACUGUAUGAUUCAUUGGCUUAGUGGCCAUCUACCAUGGGAGGAUAGUUUGAAAGAUCCAAAUCUUGUCAGAGACUCAAAAAUCAGAUGUAGAGAUAAUAUUUCAGUUUUGAUGGACAAAUGCUUUCCUGGGAAAAAUAAACCAGAUGAAAUAGCCAAAUAUAUGGAAAAGGUGAAGCUACUGAGCUAUGAAGAGAAACCUGUUUAUCAACAUUUCCGAGAAAUACUUCUUCAAGGUCUUAAGGCCAUUGGACAAAAAGAUGAUGGAGUACUUGACUUUGGCUCGUCACAGAAUGGAGACUUGCAAACAAAUCCUGUGCAAAAGAAAAAAAGAAAGGCAGCAGCUGCAUCCAAUGAGAACACUGAAGCAGAAACAGAAGAUACAGGAAGUCCAGAAAAAAAGAAACCUACUUCUUCUAAUGCAGUAGCUGUCAGAACCCGCAAGAUGACCUCACCAAAACCCAGGAAAGGCACAGCAACCAGAAAGAGAGUCCAGAAGUAAAUAAUAGAUGGAGCAACAAAUUAAGUUGCAAUUUGACUCAUCUCUGGGUUUUGGUUUUUUUUUUUUUUUUUCAGUUACUGUAGCACUGGAAUAUUUUUCUUUCCUUUUUAAAUGAUGAAUCCUGUAAAAACAUGGACUACUGUUUGUACCUGAUUUUGAAGAAUAAAUGUUUUAUUAAAAUAUUUGCAUAAUUUAUGUAUACUUAAAUACUAAUGCAAAAUUUUGCCAACUUUGAAGUGAGGAUUCAUUUUUAUUCUUUAUAUACAAAAUUUGUAUCUUAAAGGCAAACUAAAAGAAAGUGCUUUUUUCUGCUUUAUAAUGUAGAAAUAAAGCCUUAUUUAGUUUCAUUAUGGAUACUUUGUGAGGAACAGCAGUGUUGCAUCUGAUUUCUUCUAAUUAUUGAA